CCGCCCCCGCGCCAUGCCGCCCCGCGGGCCCGCCCCCGCCGCCCCCGGCCUCUCGUCCUCCGCCUUCAUGAAGCCGUUCGUGGUGCUGGCGCUGCCCGGCAUGUACCUCUUCUACAAGUACAGCCAGUACCGGCGGCAGCAGCAGGAGCAGAACCGCCGCAAGGUCACCGAGCGCGAGCUGCAACACCUCAACCACAAGAUCGACAAGCUGCUGACCAAGCUGGAGGAGAACGAGCCGGAAAUGGCCACGUCGCAGGAGGAUGAGUGCGUGAUCUGCGUGAACGCCAAGGCGACGAUGCAGACGUCGCCAUGUGGGCACCGGGUGGUGUGCCGCAAGUGCUUCGUCAAGACCAUCCAGAUGGCGGUCUCGCAGCGCCUGCUGCCGCUGCGCUGCGUCAUCUGCAGGGCCAAGAUCCUGCGCCUCAAGCAGAGCGGCGGUGGUGGCGGAGGCGGCUCCGGCUCGCUGCACCACCACCACCAUCACCACCACCACCCGCACCACCCCCAGCAGCAGCCGCAGCACCAGCAGCAGCAGCACCCCGCGGCCUACGGCGCCGGCCUGCCCUGGGGCGUCAUGCCCAGCUCCGCGUCGCAGUACUCGGUCGGCAGCUCCGUGCCCAACUCCGAGUCGCUCUACUCCAUGACAUCGGGCUCGUCUUCCCUCUCAGGUGUGUCUUCCGUGAGCUCUGCGACGACGAGUAGCGCAGGCAGCAGCGGCAGUGGCGGCGGAGGCCUGGGGAAGGCCGGCAAGGCGGGAGCGGCGGGGGCGGCGGUGGCAGUGGCGGCGGCGGCGCGCGUGGGGCUCGGCUUCCCGCGACAACCCACCGGAUCUUUGCGGCGCUCGCAGGCGCACUCCAUGAAGCUGCGACUGCAGGAUUACAAAGAGCCCGCGGCGCGCCCGGUCCGUGAGCCCGAACACCGCCUGCCGCCCAUCAAGGAGUUCCAGCGGGAGUUCCGCGCCUGCAAGGAGCGCACCGCCUCCUCCUCCUCAACCAGGAUACGAUGCGCACAAAAAAUUGUCACUCAGUUGGAGACUACACCAGUGAAUAGAACCUCAAAGUCUAGUUAUUUCCGUUCACCUCUGAAACCUGCCAAUAAGGAGGACAAAAGGAGAAGUGAAAAGUGGAAAGAUGAAAGGAAAAAAGAAGACCGAAAAGACAAUGAAGAAAAUUUGGAAAACAAGAAGAAGGAAGAAAAGAUGAAUAAGAAGGCAGAGAAAAAAGAAGCAAAGCUGGAGAAGAAAGCAGAUAAGAAAGAGGAGAAAAAAGAAGCUAAAGCUGAGAAGAAGGAAAAGACAGAAAAGAAAGAAAAUAAAAAGGAAGCUAAGGCUGAAGCAAAGGAAAGCAAGAAGGCAGCAAAGGCAGAAAAGAAGAAAGAAAAAUCCAAGGCAGAGAAAAAAGAAAAAGAUUAGUUACAAAAUAGAUUAAAGAAAGACUUUUGAAUUUUAGAGAUAGAUAUUCGAGUGAGUAAUUUACUUGUAUAAAAUUUUUACAUCUAGUUUUAUUUUUACUGACUAAUGCUCAUAUGUAUUGAAAAACCUCCUUAGCAGUCUAAAUCCCAUAGACGAAACAGCAUCAGGGAAGAUGUAUUUCAAUAUAAGGUCAUUUUAUAAUAGUCAGGAAACAAUUUUAUCAGAAUUUUUGCACAAGUGAAGACUAAAAUUUAAUAAUUAGUUUUUAAAAAAUCGAUUUCUCCUAUUUAUAACAGAAAUUAGAAAUUUCUUGGUUUAUAUUGUCCCUGAAAUCAUAUAACUGUGCCAUUCAGUCAUCUGUAAGAGGUUGUUUAUCAAGUAUUUUACUUCCCAUAGUCUUUUUUUAUGUGACUCACAAGUUAAAAAUGGAGCCAACCAAGGAACACAAGAACAAUUUUGCUGCAGAAGAAAAAAUGAUUAUGAUGCAUAUCAUUAUGUCUCUCUUUCUACUGAAUGUAGGUACAUACUAGAAAUGUUUAGGUAUUAUUCGUUGUUAAUGUAACACAUAAUGUAAAGUAAAUUGGAUUCAGAUUUAUAAAAGUUGAAGGUAGAUAUCUAAUUCUAAAAUAAAAGCUGAUAAAGUGACAGCCUCUUCAUAUAAAGAAAGUGAGAUACGUUACAGAAGUAGAAAACAAUUAAACAAGGAAAACAACAGAGAAACAUCAGUUUUUUUGUAGAAAGCUCUAAGACAUCUAAGUUAGAGAAACUGGGAAUGAGAGAGCGAGCGAGUGAGAGAGAGAGAGAGAGAGAGAGAGAGAGAGUAGAUAUGUGUGUGUGUGUGUGUGUGUGUGUGUGUGUGUGUGUGUGUGUCUGUGUUUCUGUGUGUGUGUCUGUGUCUGUGUCUGUGUCUGUGUGCAUGUGUGUGUGUUUGAGAGAGUGUGUUUUUAUCUCUGUAUGACUACAGGAAUUCAUUUGGAAUUUCUAGCUUUGCACUCAAUCUCUUUUUAUCCUGUGAGACAUAUGGUUACCAUGAUAGACCCCAAACUAAUAUAUAUGCGGUGUUGUUUAUAUCCAAUUUUAGUACUGGAUUUUGAAUGAAGAACAAAUCUGUUAUGAUGCUGGAAGCAGUUAUUUGUGAACUUAAGAUGCUAGAGUUGUGUUAAUAUACAGUGUAAUUAUAGUAUGUGGCCUACUAAAUGAUGUAAACUAUGGGAAGGAAAGUUGCAAAUACUUUAGGCAUUGUUCUUAAUUAAUGUUUUAUUAUUUUCAUUUUUGUGUAUUCCUUGUACAGAUGAAGUUGUGUGAUUUUUUCCUAUUUCCUAACUGUUGUAAAGUCUUCCAUCACAAGGCAGUAGCGCUUUCAUCCUCAGUAAUUGCACAAGCAAUUGUAAUACUGUUUUCACUAUUUCAUUUAUUCUCUCUCAUUGAACUUUCUCAUUAUGUAUCAAGUGUUAUCUUCGAAAUUAAGAUUCUUUGAUCUACCAACAUAUUUCUUGAGCUGAUUUCUUCUUAACAUUUCGAAACUGGACACAAAAAUUCAAGUUACAAUCAACACAUAGUAGUUAUGUGGAAGGACUGCAUCUGCAUAUUUAAUUCAUUUGGUGCUUACACCAUUUUCAGUUGUCUAGCAGCAUUUACAUUCAGUCAUUUCACUUUUCUCCCCGCUAACUCCAGUUUCUCUUCCAUCUGUACAAGCAACUAUCUGCAUCAUGUGCUGAAACGUCUUUUUCUCGUUUUCACUCUGUAAUAGAGGAAUCUAAUUAUGUCUGCUUAAUUUAUACUUCCAUUUUUUCCUUAGCUUAUUACUUCUGUUCAUCCUCCAAUAGUUCCUUUGCUUAAUUUUCUUCAUCUUAAAUUGUACAUUUCUGUAGCUAUUUAUUUUUCAGAAGUUUUAUAUUCACCCUCUUUCAUCAGAUAAUAAGUUAAAACAAAAUGUGAUGUGUCAGAUAUUCAGUUUAUCUACAUGUGUUGCUUUCUUUUUAUACACAUGUAUUUGCAUUCUGCUGGCCACUUUAUGGUGUUUGGUGGAGGCUACUGCAGGUAGCUCUGCUACAUCUCACUCCUCCUUUUCCAGUCAGAAAUUAUUGGUCCAAUGGUUUUCAUCAUGUAGAUCGAUAUCUAUAUCCCAGUUUGUAGGUAAUGUUUGUUCCUAUUCACUAAAUUACCAUGAGAUAUCUGUUCAUCAUCGUCAACCUUCUCUUCCUCUCAUCAGUCUUACUUUGUUUUCAUAUAUCUAUAGAACCAGCAAUUUUAAAAUUGAACUGUUAACCACUUUAACUUGUAUUGGAUGUAACAAUACUGCAUCAUAACGGUAUCAUAUAUGAAAAAACGUGUUCCUACAGUUCAUCAGAAAAUUUCUUUUGCUAACAGUCUAUAGCAUUUGUCAAGUAAAUCUGAAUAAUUACAAAUAAAAUAACAGACAGAGCAGGUAAAUUCUCUCAGUAAAUUCUUCACUCACUUCUUAAUAAGUAAAUACGAUUUUUUAUGUUUAAGUGGAAUUUGUGAUAGUAAAAUGAACUAUGGGAUGUUUUGACAGUGGAUAAAAGAGAGUGAAAUAAUAUUAUUCUUCAUGAGUAUAAUGUCAUCCAUACUGAGCUAAUCAUCACAUAUGUUCCUGAAGCAACAUUCAAUUUGCAGUGUGGAAGACAUCAUCAUUAUCAUCAAUAGUAGCAAGUACCACAUGUAAAGUACUUAGCUACAAUGAAGUGUUGUUUCGUCUAUGGGACUUCACACAUUUUGUUUCAGUUCUUUAACAGAAAUAUCAACCUACACUACAAACGUUUUGACACACAGGUGAUCCACUUCAGACACACUAGUGGUUUGCAUGCCUUCUGCAGUUCUGUGUCAGCACCAAUCACAGAGAUAACUUCAAAUUUUAUAUGAGAGGUUAUUACAUGUCAAAUAUGUUUCAUGAUAUUGCCUUUUUUAGUCUUAUAUGAUUUUCUGACCUGUUUGCUUCAUUUUUUAAGUAUCACAGGUACUAUGGUGUUCACAGCAGAAAUAAAUAAAUUAUACUUAAUAUUUCUGCAAUCCAUAGAACUGUAAAGUUUGUGUGCCUGGAAUGGAUUAAUAAGUGGAAAGCAUGUCACAUAAGUGUCUCAUUUAUUUGUUAUUGUUGCAUUUCGAUUAAAAGAAUUAGUUGAAGCUGUACUAUAACUAAAAUAGUAUUUAUAGAUGAGAUUUCCUUAAUAUAACAAAAAGAACAGUAUUUCUUUGACACACAGAAAAAUGUUUCCAGAUAUCCAGUGUUGGUGCUUCAAGCAAAGGGUAUCUAAAACUGUGAUAUUGAAAUACAAUAAGCAAGCUUGUCUCCUGUAGUACAGGUGGAAACCACUUUCUGUUUAAUAAUUAAAACUUAAUAAUGCAGUAAUCACUCUAUACAGUCAUGAGUAAUUGGUAGAGUAAUUAAUUUGCAGGAAAGAUAAGGCUUAAAAAAAGAAAGCUAUUUUUGAAAAGAAGGCUUAUUUUAAUAGCCAGCGUUUUUUUAAAUAAUAGCUCCCUGCAGAAAAUUUUAAUGUAUUUUUACAAUCAUGAUUUGUGUAUUAUUUCCAUAUGAAAUGCACGUUAUCAUAGUGUUUCAAAGUCAUGACCAAAUGCUGUCUGCAUUGAUUUAUUGAUAACUAAAGACAUUUAUUCUGAGAAUAGGCCUACUCAAUUUCACUGUGCAUUGUCCACAUUUCAUCUUCACAACAAGAAUUCUGUGGCUCAUCAACUAAACUGCUUCAAAUUCUAAUGUUGAAACUCCAGCAAAGCCUACUCAUGAAUUCUCAGCUCACUUCACCAAUUAAUGUCAGCUACUCAUGAUUACCAUUAUUCCAAUUUUCAAUAAACAAACCAACUUGUGUUUAAAAUGCUACAAUGUGGAGAUCUUGUUAGAUAAAUAAGAAAUCACCCAUAUUUUGACACUGAUGUAUGAGAGCCAUCUGAAGAAUGUGCCAUGUUUCUUACCUGCAAGAGUUACGAAGUUAUACUGAAACUCUUGAUUUUGCAAAUUUAAAAAAGGUGUUGUAGUACAAAGAAAGUUUUAGAAAUGUUAGUGAAAUGAGACAAUGGUGUAACAUGUUAUUUGUAAGUAAAAUAUAGUGUGCUAUUUGGUAUUAUGUGAAUAGUGGUAAUAAGUAUUCCAUGUAUCAAACCUAUAUCUGUGAUUUGAAGAGGAAAAAGAACGAAACAUACGAAACAGGUCUGUGCAUCGAUGAAGGCUUACUAUAGUUGCUGACACGAAAAUUGGCAGGUGAAGGUCAUUUCAUCUCUGUACAGACAGGUAGGGGUUCGUAAAAUUUUCAGGCUCCCAUCUAAUAACACUAUUAAAGAUAGGGAAAAGAACUUGAUAAAAUGCUCCAAUUGAUGUACUUAUAAAAGACGAAACUUACUUGGUUAUUGCAACAAACAAUCUCAAGUUACAAUUCUGAUAAAACAUUACUUUUUACUUCAACCAGGAAAAACAUCAUAUUGCCUCAUG